UGGCCCCACUGAGCACCCAGACCCGCGGGGACCCGAGGCACGGCGACCCGGAAGGCCGGCGGAGCCGGAAGGAGGGAGGGCGGAGCCAGGGCGGCCGUGGCCUGUGAGCGCCUCGCUGGCGCUGACAGAGCGGAGCCGGCUGCAGGCGGAGGGGUGCUCAGUGUUCCCGCGGUCCCAGACGCCAGCACGGUAAAGGUCUGCCGAGAUGCCCAUCCAGGUAGAUGACAUCAUGAAGCUCCUGUGUUCCAUUUCCCACGAGAGAAAAAUGAAGGCAGCCGUCAAGCACUCUGGGAGGGGUGCCUUGGUUGCGGGGACAGUGGCCUUCGUCGGUGGUUUGGUUGGUGGCCCGCCAGGAAUUGCUUUUGGGGGGGCUGUUGGGGGCCUGUUGGGGGCCUGGAUGACAAGUGGACAGUAUAAGCCCGUUCCUCAGAUCUUAAUGGAGCUGCCCCCUGCCGAACAGCAGAAACUCGUUAACGAAGCCGCGGCUAUCAUCAGGAACUUGGACUGGACAGAUGCUAUACAGCUCACUGCUCUGGUCAUGAGCAACCAGGCCAUGCAGCAGAAGCUCUUGGCCAUGCUAGCCACCUAUGUCACCAAGGAGCUACAGGCCGAGAUCCGCUAUGAUGACUAGGUCACCCUCCCUGGGGGAUGGGCUUGCAUUUGGAUGAUUCCACGACUCCCAGAAGGCAACCUGGGAAUGGGGGGUGCCUGGCAGGUGCGUUGAGAAACCUGCACGCUAUCAGUAUUGACUAUAAGCCGGAGUACAUCCUGUUGGACUGUCCCCUGCUGGAGUACAUCCUGUUGGACUGUCCCCUGCCAGAGUACAUCCUGUUGGACCAUCCUUCGCUGGAGAGGCUUCAGCUGUGCAUGGUAGGCUGUGUGUGCUAUGGGAAGGUCCAGGCUGUUGGCAUCCACAGACACUUUAGCAGUCCUCCUGAUCCUGUGGGUCUAAAAGGAGUUCUCAGGUUGGCUGGCCAACUGUGCCGGGUGCUCCUCUUCUUGUGAAAGUACCUCUAGGUACCUGUGACAGGAUCAGAGGGUCCUGGGGGGUUCAGAGCCAGCUCUUGACAGGAUGUGCUUACUUGUUGAGUGUUCCCCUUCUUUGCCCAGGGACUUCCCAGUGGUCUCACGAUGGCAGUGGUCCCUACUUUGAGUGAAGCCACAAAUGCCAGGCAGUCCCCAGACUCUAUGUCCCAGGCUCUCUUGAGUAACUUUGGUUAAACUUCUAAAGUCUUUUACCUUAUUAUGGAAAAUCAUGGCACUUAUUUAUCUUUUACUUUUUUUUGUUUGUUUGUUUUUUGAGACAGGGUUUCUCUGUAGCUUU